CUAAUAAUAUAGACCUGUUUAGGGAUUUCACAGUACCUUAACCGACCAUUUUGCCCGAUGCCCUUUCUGUGACUUCUCCUACCUCUGCUUCUGCAUGGCUAUGGUUCAGCAAUGACCACGUUCACCAAUUUGCCGUGUCAAGUCACUUCUCUUCUUGAAACUGUAGAUCUCUUGGAGCCUAUAAAACAUCUACUUAUAUCACAAAAAAGUAGAAGCAACCACAACUCAUUAAUUCACAACAUCGCUGUAAGCAAUGCUAAAGCCCCUUCUCAAAAACCCACCUUCAAUUCGCCUGAAAAGACUCCAUUUGCUUCUCUUCUUUGCAUCAAAAUCCAAUUUAUAUUCUACUGAAGAAAAAUCCGUGCACUUGGUUGCAAGAGUCUGUGAAAUUUUAUCUGUUCUUCAGUGGCAAAAAAACCCGGAACUUAUUCACUUGAUUCCCAAGCUGAGACCCUACCACGUAUCCAAAAUCAUUGAGACCCACAAGAACGCGGAUUUAGUUUUGCAGUUCUUUUAUUGGGUCUCAAAGAGGCCUUUUUACAAACAUGAUAUGAGCUGUUUUGUUUCGAUGUUGAAUAGGCUUGUUCGCAAUCGAAACUUAGCUCCUGCUGACCAUGUGAGGAUACUGAUGAUUAAAGCUUGUAGAAACGAUGAGGAGCUUAAAAGGGUAAUUGAGUUUUUGAAUGACUUAAAUGGAAAUGCUGGUUUCGGGUUUACUUUGUAUAGUUUCAAUACUCUUUUGAUUCAAUUGAGCAAGUUUCAUAUGAUUAUGUUAGCUCAAAAUGUGUAUGCCCAGAUGCUGAAUGAUGGGAUUAGGCCUAGUUUAUUGACAUUUAAUACCCUGAUUAGUAUGUUCUGUAAUAAAGGGAUGGUUAAAGAAGCUGAGUUGAUUUUUAGUAAGAUAUUUCAAUAUGAUAUGUACCCAGACACAUUUACAUAUACGUCGUUGAUUUUAGGGCAUUGCAGGAAUCGUAAUUUGGAUAAAGCUUUUGAGGUAUUCGAUAGAAUGUUGAAGGUAGGUUGUGAUCCUAAUUCAGGUACAUAUACAAAUUUGAUCAAUGGGUUAUGCAAUGAGGGCAGAGUUGAUGAGGGGCUUGACAUGCUUGACGAAAUGAUUCAGAAGGGGAUUGAACCGACUGUCUAUACUUACACUGUUCCAAUUUCUUCAUUGUGUAAGGUUGGACGUAUGAGUGAGGCAAUAGAGCUUUUGGGGAGAAUGAAAAAGAGGGGUUGUAAUCCAAAUGUGCAAACAUAUACAGCAUUGAUUACUGCACUGGCUCGAUUGAAGAAUCUUGAAGUGGCACUCGGGUUGUAUCACAAAAUGGUGAAGGAUGGUUUAGUCCCUAAUACAGUUACCUACAAUGUAUUAAUAAACGAAUUUUGUGAGGCUUCAAGAUUUGGCAAUGCUCUGAAGAUUUUUUAUUGGAUGGAGGGACAUGAUGAGUUGCUGAAUACCAAUACAUAUAAUGAAAUUAUAAAAGUUCUGUGCUUGUUGGGUGACAUGGAGAGGGCAAUGGCUCUCUUAAAUAAAAUGAUAAAAGCCAGUCCUCCAUCUGUGGUUACAUUUAACACUCUUAUUGGUGGAUACCUCAAAAAGGGGAAUCUAAACAAUGCUAUGAGAUUACAGGACCUGAUGAAGGAGAGUGGAUGUGAACCAGAUGUGUGGACUUAUUCUGAGCUAAUAUCUGGGUUUUGCAAGGGUGGUAAGCUGGACAUGGCAUCAAGUCUCUUCCAUGAAAUGUUGGAACGGGGUUUAAGUCCAAAUCAGGUAAAUUAUACUGCUCUGAUUGAUGGUUACUGCAAGGAGGGGGAGACUGAUGUUGCUUUGUCAUUAUUUGAGAGGAUGGAGAAGAGUGAUUGCUGUCCAAAAGUUGAAACUUACAAUGCCAUUAUAAAUUGUUUGUCUAAAGAUAACCGGCUUUCUGAAGCAGAGAAAUUAUGUAGCAAGAUGGCAGAGAAAGGAUUGCUCCCAAAUGUCAUUACCUAUACAUCUUUGAUUGACGGGCUUUGUCGAAAUGGUGGAUCCAACCUUGCAUUUAAGAUUUUUUAUGAAAUGGAAAGGAGAAACUGCAUGCCAAAUGUAUACACGUAUAGUUCACUUAUUUAUGGCUUAUGUCAGGAGGGGAAACCUGAUGAAGCAGAGAAAUUACUUCAAGAAAUGCAGGGUAAAGGAUUGGCUCCUGAUCAUGUUACUUAUACCUCACUAAUUGAUGGUUUUGUUUUGCUGGGGAGGCUUGAUCAUGCAUUCCUUCUUCUUCGGCAGAUGGUUGAUAGGGGGUGCAAACCCAACUACCGAACAUACAGUGUGUUGUUGAAAGGGCUGCAUAAAGAAUCUCAAUUGCUUCCUGAAAAGGUUGUGGCCCAAAAUGAUGCUGUUUAUAGUUGCAGCUCAUAUGAGAAAGUUACUAGUCUUGACUCAAUUUAUACUCUCUUAUCUAGAUUGUCAGAGAAUGGAUGUGAACCGACAGUUGAUACUUACAGUACUUUAGUUCAUGGCCUGUGUAGAGAAGGCAGGUCUUAUGAGGCAGAUCAGUUGGUGGAAACUAUGAAAGAGAAAGGCUUGUGUCCUAACAAAGUGAUCCUUUGCUCUCUAUUAGUUGCUCAUUGUAGAAAUUUAAAAGUAGACCCUGCUCUGAAAAUUUUUAACUUGAUGGUGACUAGUGGCAUAGAGCCUGGCUUAUCAGUUCGCACGGCACUUAUUUCUGCUCUCUGCAAGACAAGUCGCUCAAAAGAAGCACAAAAUCUUCUGGAGAGAAUGCUUGAGAAACAAUGGAAUACUGAUGAGAUUGUAUGGACAGUGUUAGUUGAUGGGUUAAUAAAGGAAGGGCUGCCAGAUCUCUGCCUGAAGUUUCUGCACAUACUGGAAUCUAGGAAUUGCAGUAUAAAUUUACAGUCGUAUGCACUAUUGGCCCGUGAACUGUCCAAAGUAGACAAAUCAAUUGAAACUGAUCAUCUUGUUAAGCAGGUUAAUUAGAGCUUCUGUUCAUCAUCGCCAGAACACAGUAUGUUAUUGUUUCCUAGACAGAGAAGGGUGUAUCUGUAAAGUACACCUUAGAUAUAAUCUGACCAAGAUGUCAAAUUUUCUGUGGUGUAUAUAAGUUUUGCAGUUAUCAUUACUUUAUUGCUCCAUCAUCUAGAACUGAUGUUAUGCUUGUCUUUCCCAAAUCUGAGAUUGGAGUGUUGCAUAAAACAUCAGGAUGGAGAAACAUUUGAUGAACAACUUGAAGUCCAUAAUAUUCAGGAUACAUAUUGAUGCUUCCAAGGGUACCCCUCUGUUCUUCUUAGUAACAGUUAUAGAAGGAUAUUAAGGUACACACAAUAUGACAGCAAAAUAAAUCAUAUUUUGUGUUUGUAUACCUCAUAGAAAUUCAUUCUUCUUUUCCAAUUCUUUUUCCAACAACAAUACUUAAUAAAAUAUAAAAAAAAUUUCUAUUAUAACUUUUUGCGGAUCUCUGAUUAUCUCCGGAAACUGCAUUUUUAGCCAUAUUGUGGACAACUUACAAAAGGUUACUUUUAGUUUACUAUUACUUUUGAUUGAAGCCAUCAUCAGCUAAAUGGUACAAUUGCUUUCGCUUUCCCAUCAUGCACCUUGUUAGCACCAUGCAGACAACUCAUGAUAUUCGUCUGGAUUUUCUUUUUCAUAAGAUUGCCUUUAUGUUGCAUUUUAAAACAACCCAAAGAAAGCCUUUCAUGUAACAGCUGGUUGAUACAAUUUAUCAAAAGGCAUGACUCUGUCAUUCACAUGCCUUUCCUAAAGGCUACAACAGCAUUAGUUUUCAACAAACAGUAUCAUUGAUACAAUAACUUCAGCAAAGUUUUUGAUUCUCUAUGCAUUAUGAAGCUGAAUCUGAUUCUAUUUAUUACUGAAGCUUAUUACAGAUCCAAGCAGAAUGAAUACUCGAUUAUAUACAGGGCUGUGUGCAUUUGUCAUGAAUUGAUCCUAUUUUUUCCUUGCAAAGAGAAUGAAAUCAACCAUUGAGCAGUGAAUGUAAAUUGCUCAAAAGGCAUUAGUCUUUGCAGCAGUUGGAUGGGUUUGAUUAAAAUGCAUUAUGGGGUUCGGUACUUGCUAUUGAAUAGCAAGUGAGAACAUCAGCAACAGUACAACAUUACGCAGCAUGGCAAGAUUUGCCUUAACUUGUUCUGAUUUUAAUAUUCAUUGUAAGCAAAAUAUGAGGUUUUCUUGGAUCAUUGCACUUGACUUGGCGUUACAAGUGUCUGCUUGUAUUUCACACAGACACUGUAAAAGUUCUAACAGAGUACUGGCUUUGCGCUUCCUCAAUUAUAUGACUAACAAAUGCUAUAACUAACAUUUGCUCUUA